AUGGCUUCGGUGCCUUCCAUUGGUUGUCUUCUGGCCAAAAAUCAGUAUUAUCGAAGAUUCUCAAAAGGGGCAGCAUGCACCUGGUGGUUUAAGUCCUUUUUCCAUUCCAAAUCUGUGGUCUUGAACGUGAGAAGCAAAGAUCUGUCUUCUGGUGGGUGA